AUGGGAAAUACAAAUGAAGGAUCUCAAAAUGGAACAAAAGUGAUGGAAUUCAUCCUUCUUGGCUUCCCGGGAUCUCAGUAUUUACAGAUGUCCAUCUUCAUGCUCUUUCUUAUCAUGUAUGUGAUGUCACUGCUGGGAAAUAUGUCCAUCAUCAUUCUGGUAAUAGCAAAUCGUCGUCUCCAUACUCCCAUGUAUUUCUUCCUAUGUAAUCUCUCCUUCCUAGAAAUAUGGUACACUACAGCUUCUAUCCCUAAGACUCUUGCCAUCUUUCUGGGGAGGGGCAGAAGCAUCUCUUUCACUGGCUGCAUCCUUCAGAUGUACUUUGUGUUUGCCUUUGGAUGCACAGAAUACUUCCUCUUGUCUGUCAUGGCGUAUGACCGAUAUUUGGCCAUAUGUGAUCCCCUGCACUAUAGCACCAUCAUGGACAACCAGCUCUCCAGGAAGCUGGCAGUUGGCUCCUGGCUAUGUGGUUUCCUCAUUAUUUUUAUACCAGCCUUUCUAAUCACAAGAUUGUCUUUCUGUGGCCCCAGUGUGAUCAAUCACUUCUACUGCAACAUUGAUUCCUGGAUAGUUCUUUCCUGUACCAAUACCUAUGACAUUGAGAUGGCAGCUUUUGUAAUAUCCAUCAUUGUCAUAUUGGGCUCCUGUCUGAUCACCUUUCUUUCCUACAUAUGCAUUAUUACCACUAUCCUACGCAUCCCUUCUGUGCAAGGUCAACAAAAAGCCUUCUCCACAUGCUCAUCCCAUCUUGCUGUAGUGCUCAUUUGGUAUGGCUCCACCAUCUUUCUUUUUGUCAAACCUUCUAAACGGACAUCCCUAGAAAUGACCAAAAUUGUCAACAUCUUGAACACAAUUGUUACUCCAUUGCUGAAUCCAUUCAUCUACACACUACGAAAUAAAGAAGUGAAGGAUGCAAUCAGAAGUUCAUUGCAUUAG